CUCGCCUGGUGCGGUGACAAGCGAGCGCCGUUCAGUGCCUGCGCCCGCCCCCUUUGCACGGGGGGGCUAGACUGAGGCGCAGAGUCCCACAGCGGGUCAAAAGCUGCAAGAGAACCCAGGAGUGUCGGCUCCCAGCCACAGAUCGCAGUGGACUGGGGAAAUCCUCUUCCCCCUCCAGCCUGAGGGAGAGAUGCUCAAUGCGCUGCUAAGCCGGUGUCAAGUUCCCUUCCUCCUGCGCGGGAGCGAAUGAGGAGUUAUUGGCCGAGUGUCAUCAGGAGAGAAGCACCGAGCUGCCGGUCAGAAGGGAGGCUGGAUGGAGAGGGAAGAAUAGGAGUGAAGCAAAGAGUGUCGGGCCUUACCACUCGUCUGCCAAAACCUGGAGAAACUAUCCAUGGACAUAAGUUUUUCAUUGGUUUCGGGGGGAAAGGAGCCAAUCAGUGCAUCCAGGCUGCUCGACUUGGGGCCAAGACUUUGAUGGUUUGUAAGGUUGGGAAGGACUCAUUUGGCAAUGAUUACAUUGAAAAUUUCAAGAGAAAUGGGAUUUCUACAGAAUUUGUAGGUCAGUCUGAGACUGCUGCUACUGGAGCUGCUUCAAUCAUUGUUAACAGUGAAGGACAGAAUGUUAUUGUCAUAGUGGCAGGAGCCAAUUUGCUUUUGGAUUCUGAAGAUCUGAAGAGGGCUGCAGAUGCCAUUUGCAGGGCCAAAGUGAUCAUCUGUCAGCUAGAAAUAACACCUGCUAUUUCUCUGGAAGCCCUAAAAAUGGCACACUCCAGUGGAGUGAAGACUCUGUUUAAUCCUGCUCCAGCUCUUGCUGAACUAGAUCCACAAUUUUACACCCAUUCUGACAUCUUCUGCUGCAACGAAAGUGAGGCAGAAAUUUUAACAGGCAUCCCAGUUGGCAGCCCUGAAGAUGCUGGAAAGGUGGGACUUGUGCUAUUAGAAAGAGGCUGUAAGCUGGUAAUUGUUACUCUGGGAGCAGAAGGUUGUGUGAUGAUAUCACACACAAAAAUGAAGAAGAAACAUUUGCCCACCUCCCAGUUUAAAGCCAUAGAACUAACAGGGGCUGGUGAUAGUUUUGUAGGAGCACUGGCUUUCUUCAUGGCUUGCUAUCCCACUCUAUCCGUGGAAGAAGUGAUCAAGAAGUCAAACUUCAUUGCAUCAGUGAGCGUCCAGGCAUCAGGGACACAAUCUUCCUAUCCCUAUAAGAAGGACCUGCCACAAGAUCUUUUCUAACGCAUGCUGUCAGACCCCUAUAUGUAUUAUUGAUUGCACCAUAUCCCAGGCAAGGCAGUUCUGAUUGUGCAGAGUCAAACUUUUUUCCUAAAAAAUUCCAGGUACUCAGCUAAUAAAGGGAGAGCAGGAAAGUCUUUACUCCCUUUUCAAUCACUGACUGAAUUCUUGUUAGACUCUGGUCUACAGUUGAACAGUAGGGUUGCACACUUUCAUUCCAGUGAAAUAUUGUGGAUCUGUCCCUUAGUCAACACACUAUGCACAACAACCAUUACUCUAAUGGCAAUGCAAAAUUUAAUUGUUGAUACCUUCAACAUUUCAUUUCACAAAUUAGAGAAAUGUUCCACAAUAGUAGGGACAACUGAUGAGCUCUGGAAUUAAGUGGCCUUC